AUGACCACGUACGCAAGUUUCCAGCAGUACGACCUGCUGGACUCGGAGGGUUACGGGUCGGCGAGUAGCCCGGAGUCGAAUCCGCGAAGUUGGACCCACCAGGAGAUCUACCCUCAACCACCGAGGUCCAGGGGUAGCAGCUGCGGUAGCGUGAGCUCGUUGGACUGUCAGAAUCGCGAGUACCAGGAGAUCGGUGUGGCGAACGGUGGCUUCCACGUGACGACUAGCUUCAACUUCACCGAGUUCUACGAGGGUUACUACCAGGAGGGUUGCCGAGGGUUGAACGAACAGCACGAGAUGGGCCACUCGAGCAGCGUGAGGAUGGCGAAGGAGCCGACGAGGCCACACUCGUUCAGGAUGAAUCACGAGUGCGCGGAGAGCGUUUACGAGGGCGAGAACCCGGCGAAACCGAGCCCGGACGUCGUUGGCCCGCCGACGAAAAUGGAGCAGCAACAGGCGAGCAACGUCUUCGGCGGCGGCAGGUGCGAUUUCGGCCAGAGUCAGGAGAGUUUCUUCGCGGGCAAGAGUUACGGCAUCGCGAAAGGCGAUGGUUUUUUGCCGAGGAGUAACGGCAAUCUGCCUUACGGGCAGAGGGGCGACGUUCUUUAUUUGGGCGCCGCUUACACAGCGCCGAGAAGCGAGAGCUACGCGGCGACGACCGGCCAGCACGGCGGCAAGUGCGAGACGACGUCCAGGUACCACCAGAAAAACGGGGCCCAUGUCCCGUCGAUCGAUUACCCAGGGCAAAAGACAAAGGAGGGCAGCAUGCAGAAGAUGAAGAACGGCACGCCGGGCAUCGAGGUGUUGAGAAAGAGGCGGCUGGCGGCGAACGCGCGCGAGAGACGAAGGAUGAACAGCCUGAACGACGCGUUCGAUAGGCUGCGCGACGUUGUGCCCAGCCUCGGCAACGACAGGAAACUCAGCAAAUUCGAGACGCUUCAAAUGGCGCAGACCUACAUCGCCGCGUUGUACGAGCUGUUGCAGAGGGAGUGA